AUGGACCUGGACGCAGGAAGUAUGAUCUUUGUGGGUCAAGCAGGAAGAGCUGAUUUAGACAAGUUUAAGGGUGACAUUGGAGAGCUAAGACUUGUGGGAAACCCUCAGGCAUUUCAGGGUUUCUGUGACUAUGAGGAUUACCCCGAUGAAGGUUCUGGUGAUGGUGUCAACAAAGAAGCUGACAGGAAACGGAAAGAAAACACUAAGACGACCACUUUUCCACCCCUCCGUCCAGUACCUGUACCCCCGAUUUCAUCCCAACCAGGAGGCAGAAGAGGAACCUCAGGUGAGAAGGGCGACAGAGGAGAGAAAGGCCUGAAAGGGGACCGAGGCCCUGCAGGGCCAAAGGGGGAUUCAGGCAGCAGCUCAGGCUCAAGUUUUUCCUCUCAGGGAGAAAAAGGUAAAAAGGGUGAUACUGGUUAUGGAUACCCUGGCAAAAAGGGUGAACGUGGCGUUCAGGGGCUUCCAGGUCCUCCCGGUCCUCCAGGACCUGCAGCCGAGGUUGUCCGACUCGGCGACGGCUCUCUUGUGCAGCCGUUGGCUGGUCCAGCUGGACCACCCGGGCCACCAGGGCUGGACGGGGCUGAAGGACCUCAAGGGGCUGAUGGACAGCCUGGUGAUCCAGGAGAGGAUGGAAAAGCUGGUCCUGCUGGACCACAGGGUAUUCCAGGAAUUCCAGGAACGGCUGGUAUGAAAGGCCAAAAGGGUGAACCUGGAGAGGGUUCCCCUGGACCAAGAGGUCCCCCAGGUCUUCCAGGAUCUCCAGGACCUGGCACUGGUGAUCGUCCAACAUUUGUUGACAUGGAGGGUUCAGGAUUCCCAGACCUGGAAACUUUCCGGGGUGCACCUGGUCCUCCUGGUCCCCCUGGUCUGCCCGGCCGUCCUGGGACACCUGGUACUUCAGUAGCCAUCGGACCUGAUGGUCCAGUAGCCUUUGGACCUCCUGGGCCGCCUGGACAAGACGGAGUGCCUGGCCUACCAGGCCCACCUGGACCUCCUGGCCUCCCUGGUAGACCCGGGUUCAGAGGAGAAAAGGGUGACGGUGGUGAUCUCGGCCUUCCAGGUCCAGCUGGGGAAAAGGGUGGUCAGGGCGAUGCGGGAAGGACGGGUACACCCGGACAGUCUGGUUUGGCAGGACUUCCAGGUCCCAUGGGACCAGUUGGGCCUCCAGGGCCUCCUGGACCACCGGGGCCACCGUACUUCACUGGCAGUGGGAACCAAAAUGAGGUGCUAAAUGCCCUGCCUGGCCUCAGAGGGCCACCCGGACCACAGGGUCCACAUGGCAUUGCUGGUCUACCUGGUAAGCCAGGUUUUCCAGGGGACCAUGGAGCUAAAGGCGCAGAGGGACCAAGGGGACCUGCAGGGAUUCCAGGCAUUGAUGGAUAUCCUGGAACACCAGGUAAACAGGGAGAGAAAGGGGAGAAGGGAGAGACGGGUCGUCCAGGUCGAGAUGGUGGACCACCUGGACCACCCGGACCCCCUGGACAACCAGGACAGGUUCUCUACCAGCCGCCGUCAAGAGAUUUUAACGAGGUUUAUUGGAACGAUUUGGGACAGAGCGGAUCAGGGCGUGCAGGAUUCCCAGGACCAGCGGGGCCUAAAGGAGACAAAGGGGACGCUGGUGCUCCAGGAUACGCUCCUAAGGGACAGAAAGGAGAGCCUGGCAUUAUCAUGGGGCCUGAUGGGAGACCGUUAUAUCUGGGAGGCCUGACAGGACAGCCGGGUGAGAGUGGAAGUCCUGGCCCAGUGGGACCUCCUGGUCCCCGGGGUCUUUCUGGACCAAAAGGAGAGAUUGGUAUCCCUGGGAGAUCAGGUCGACCAGGAUUAAACGGGGUCAAAGGAGAGAAGGGAGACUCUGGCGGUGGGUCUGGAUACAGUUACCCUGGCACCCCAGGACCUCCGGGGCCCCCCGGACCUCCCGGACCUCCAGGCGGGUAUGACGAGUACUCAAGGAAUUACGCAGUUAAAGGAGAGAAAGGCAAUCCUGGACCACCAGGAAUACUUGAAAUUCAAGGUCUGGGAACAGGCUUUGACUUUUACACUUUAAAGAAUGAGUUGAAAGGUGAGGUGGGUUUGAAAGGAGAGAAAGGAGAACCAGGCGGCGGUUAUUAUGACCCCCGAUACGGAGGAGGAGCUGGCUCACCAGGACGACCUGGGCCACAAGGUCCAAAAGGAGAAUCGGUUGUUGGUCCACCGGGCCCUCAGGGGCCUCCUGGAGCCCCAGGAAGAGGUUAUGACGGUCGACCUGGACCACCAGGGCCACCCGGACCUCCAGGUCCAUCCUUGUCUGGGCCCUAUGGAGGAACACAGACUAUCAGUAUUCCUGGACCCCCAGGACCUCCUGGAGCUCCAGGUCUUCCAGGACUCUCGUCAGGAGUGACGGUCUUUAGGUCUUAUGACACUAUGGCGGCAACAGCUAGAAGGCAGCCUGAAGGAUCUCUGGUGUACGUUAUCGACCAAACGGAUCUCUACGUACGAGUUCGGGAUGGAGUCCGACAAGUUCAGCUUGGGAACUACAUUUCUUUACCAAGUGAAUCGGGCGUCCCAGUCGAGGCGUCGCGCCCCGUCAUCCAGUCACCAUCACAGUCAAACCCAGACUCUGAUCCCCGGUACCGACCCGACUCUCGGUACCAGACAGAUCUGGUUUACCCACAGCCGUCGAAUCCCAGAUACCCGAGUUACACGGACCGCUUCAACCAGCCGGACGGUCGAUAUUUGGAUCCCCGCUACCCGGUAACCCGUCCUCAGAGACCGCCGCCUCCGGUUCCCCAGGCUCCCAUCCACAGACACACCUCAGGACCAGGGCUCCACCUGAUUGCGCUGAACAGCCCUCAGAAGGGCGGCAUGCGAGGCAUCUCCGGCGCAGACUUCCUGUGCUUCAGCCAGGCCCAGGCCAUCGGGAUGAAGGGAACUUUCCGAGCCUUCCUGUCCUCCAAACUGGAAGAUCUCAACAGCAUCGUUUACAGCUCCAACAGGGAGAACGUGCCAAUAGUCAACCUGAAGGAUGAGGUUCUGUUUGACAACUGGAACCGCAUUUUCAGCGACAGCAGAAUGAGGGACAACGUUUCGAUCUACUCCUUCGACGGCAAAGAUGUUCUCCAAGACGACACAUGGCCAGAGAAGAUGAUGUGGCACGGGUCGACAAGCAGGGGUCAGCGGGACGUCGACAACUACUGUGAGGCAUGGCGCGUCGGGGAUCGGGCGCUGACGGGCAUGGCGUCGCCGCUGCACAGCCGCAGCCUGUUGCAGCAGAGCUCCAGCAGCUGCUCCAGCUCCUACGUUGUGCUGUGUGUCGAGAACAGCUACAUCAGUGACGGCAGGCAAAGAUAGAUCUAGUCUAAGCUUUAAUUUGUCCGUACACCGUUUGUGUUGCAUUGUAUAUAUGUUUUUAUCAUGAAAUAUCACUUUAUGUUUGUUUAGCCUGGAUUUAUGGUGCUAGAGAGAAUCAUCCUACACAUCUGUUUAACUCAGGUGACUCAGUCUUAUGUUGGAGGAAUAUCAGUUUUCUUGCUUACCUUUGGUUUCAAACUGCUUCACUACUCUAAAGUAAAGGCAGGCCAGGAAGUAAUCUUCCUUUAUUGUAGUUUAUUCAUCCACCCUUCCUUUGUUCUCCCACUUUCUGAGAUUAAGUCACAUGGGUAACAAGUUCAGGAGGGAAACCUGUUCCAAGUGAUCCUCUGCAGCUAUGUUAGGAGAUUCCAGGACAUUUAGAAGGUAAUACAUUCCCCCAAGGGGAUUCUAGGUGUCUUCACGUAUCUCCUCAGUGCAAAAUACUUGGAGAAAACUCUAAAGACCAUCCAAUGAAGCAUCCAAAGCACCUCGAUUUAUUUCAAUGUGGAUGAGCAGUGGCUCUACCAAUAGAGCUACUAGUGGCUUGAAGAUGCAAACAGAAUCAUAUAGUCUGCAAAAACCAAAGAUGAGUUCCUGAGGUUCUCAAGGAAGCUGCAACUACACCUUGAAACCUUGGUGACCAAGGUUUACCCUAGUGAAGACCAACUUUGUGCCAAGAAUGCAAACAGCGAUUGUAACUCUUGGAUUGGAUCUUCAAAGACUGGCUUCUCCAACAAAAUGCAUUGGCGAACAAGGUCGUAAGCUUUCUCCACAUCCACAAAAUCAAUUUGGAUUGGAUAAUUAACUGUAAACACGUCAUUACGGUGCUCUUCCUGAAUAUGAUGGCUCAGCAAAUGGUCUGGAACAUUCCCUCUAACACCCAGAAAGACAGUUUUCCAAAAAGGCACAGAAGAGUGACUCCUCCACAAUCCCCUGUCUUAAAGAUUGUAACCAACACCUUCUGUCUGCCCUAAUUGGUACAUUACAGUAAUAAUGUGCAAAGAUGAACAAGUUGCCAGGAACUCUCAAGUUAUCCUGGUUGUUUGGAGGAGAAACAGUUUCUGUUUUUUUGCCAUAUGAAGACUUGAGACAUCUGCUUUGCUCCAAUGCUAUUCACUUGUCUUUUCCAUGUUGGAGAGCGGCUUAGAAGAAUGGGCUUUCAAAUUAAAAGUUGGAUUUUCCAAUUUCUCCAGGAAGUGAUGAUGCUACUGUAAUAAAAAGAGGCUUUUUACACAUUUUUAUCUGGUCUUAGGGACCAUUAAAAAUGCUUAUAACUGACUAUUUUAAUAGUUCUGACAAAAAAUAUUCUUCAAUAUUCAUUAUUACGCAGAGUGGAAACCGUCUUAGCGCUACCACAGAAGCUAACAUCUAUAGUCUAUUUUAUCUCUGCUUUUGGGUGUUCAGCCAAUCAGCUACAAGGAAAAUAAAUCUUACGAACCCCAGCCAAUAGCAGCAUUAUGUUUAGGUAUUUCAGCUUCCCCAGCUGCCUUUUCUUUUCAUUUUUUUAGAUAUGCUCAACCAGACAUAUGCAAAUAACUUGGAAUCACAUUCCACAGAAAAACAGGUGAGUAGGCGUGUAAAUCCAGUAAACCCAACUGACUGAACAAACCAAAGAUUAGAUGAUUCUUCUCUGUGAAAUGUAUAUUUUUCACUUCUGUACACUGAUUGCAGCCCACGGCACAUGAGUAUUAUCCAUUUAUCACUUUGCUACAAGAUGGAGAAUAUUUUAAAACUAUAUUUUAUAUCAAUAACAAAGGGAUAUUUAUUAGGUUUUUUUUUUUUAAAUCAACUGCUUUUUUUUACUCCGACUGUAACGUGUGAUGUGAUUUGCUUUCAAAGUUUGGGAGCACAGAUAUAAAAUGUAUGAACAGAUAUGCAAGGAUUCAGCCAUUAACCUGCUGUGCACUGUUUUUAUGAUAACUUCAGCUGGAGAUUGUUUCUCUGUCAUCCUGGAAAGAGAUGUCAUAGUUGAAUAAACUCGUGUGGGAAAAUGUGA